UGUACAAACAGUUUAAAAGAAAUUAAUUAAGCUUCAAUUUAUAGCAAUACUGCUUGCAAGUUAUAUGCCAGUUUAUUAUAAUUAACUCUUUUGCAGAAAAUGUUUUAUAUUUUCUACUACUACUUUUGUGUACCUAGUAGAAUAAAACACUACUGGUAUCAACACUAGUGCGACCAAAUAAGCAGUAUUUGUACUGACAAACUGGCGACCGCCAUUUGUAAAUUCCUUUCGCGUUUGGUGUCGGCUGCCGUGUACUAAAAAUUAGUAGUUUUGAAGAGGUGUUAACUAUUUUUUGUGGACGGUUUUUAUACAUCAUUAUUUUAAAUCAUAGACUUAAUAAUUAAAACAAUCGAAAAAGAAACUGUUCUCUUCAUAUAACACAGUUUUUGUGAUAUAAUAAUAAUCUAUAUUGACAAAAAAGAAAAAAUCGAUAAUUGUGCAUAGCCUCAAAAAUUUUUUAUAUUCACAAAUAAAAUAUAAAAAUGAGUGAUUUUGGAUCGCAGGGACAGACGCUUAAUCAAUCGCAAGCAUUUGCGGCUGCUUUACAGCGUGCCAAACAGAUAGCAGCUAAAAUUCAACCAAAUCAACCGACAGGACCCAGCGGAGGAGGUUUCAAGAGAUCACUUGAUGACAAUGAUUCUGGCCCAGAACCAAAACGGUUUACAAGCCCUGGUAGCGAUUAUGGUAAUAGUAAUUCUAAUAUGAGUUCUGGUGGUGGCAGUGUAGGCGGAGGUGGUGGAGGCGCUUCCUCUGGUGGACCUGCAAAUAUGUCACAAGCUAUUGCCCAAGCCGCAGCUGUAGCAGCACGUUUAGCUGCAACUGCUGGCACAACAUGUGAAGAACAAAUACGCAUUCCGGAUAGUAUAGCUAAUCAGUUUGUGGGUCGUGGAUGCAAUGACACAAUAACACACGUUCAAGUUGAGUCUGGUUGUAAGGUGCAAUUAUCUCAAGAAAGUGAUCAAAUCGUUACCUUGAGGGGUUCUCGUGAAACCGUUACUAAAGGCCGGGAAUUGAUACAACAGCUAGCUAAUCGGAAUGGAGGCGGUAACGUAGAAGUUGUUUUGACAAUGAAUAUGCCGCCGCCUGGACCAACUGGUUAUCCUCCUUAUCAAGAAAUUAUGAUACCAGGUGGAAAAGUUGGCUUAGUUAUUGGAAAGGGCGGUGAUACAAUUAAGCAGUUACAAGAGAAAACUGGCGCAAAAAUGGUUAUAAUUCAAGAUGGACCUAAUCAAGAAAUUAUAAAACCUUUACGAAUUUCUGGAGAUCCUCAAAAAAUUGAACAUGCAAAACAGCUUGUGCUUGAGUUGAUUGCCCAAAAAGAUGCCCAAGCACAAGCUACAAAAACUCCUGGUAUGUCAGGAGGUACUGGUGGUACUUACAGUUUUGGACAAGGCGGUGAACAAUGUGAAGUCUUCGUUCCAAAAAUUGCUGUAGGGGUUGUUAUUGGCAAGGGUGGCGACAUGAUCCGUAAAAUUCAAACCGAAUGUGGAUGCAAGUUACAAUUUAUACAAGGUAAAAAUGAUGAGCCUGGUGAUAGACGUUGUGUAAUCAAUGGCACGCGUCAACAAGUUGAUGAUGCAAAACGUAUGAUUGAGGGAUUAAUUGACAACGUUAUGCAGCGUAAUCAAAAUCCUAGGAGUGCAAACGGUAAUAGCAAUGGUACCGCUGAUAAUGGAAAUUCCAAUUAUGGUUAUGGAUAUGGCGUAAAUCAUGCACAACAACCAGCCAGAGAAGAAAUUACCUUCAUGGUUCCUGCGGCAAAAUGUGGCAUUGUAAUUGGGCGCGGAGGGGAAACAAUUAAAUUAAUUAAUCAACAAUCUGGUGCAUAUUGCGAAAUGGAUCGCAAUGCUGUCAAUCCACCAGCUGAAAAACUUUUUAAGUGCAAAGGCACUUCAGAACAGGUGGAAACAGCGCGUCAAUUAAUUGCAGAAAAAAUUAAUAUGGAAUUACCGAUAAUUUCACGUAAACCAAUUAGCGGGAAUGCACCAACUAAUCCUUAUAAUCAACAUGCAGCGUACCCGGCAGCAAUGCAAAGUGAUCCAAAUGCAGCUUAUCAACAACAGUGGGGUGGUUAUGCUCAGCAAAAUUGGGAUCCAGCACAGCAAAUGGCAGCAGGAGCAAUGGCUCAAACAGCAGCCGCUGGUCAAGCAGACUAUUCCGCACAGUGGAUAGAAUAUUAUAAAUCAAUGGGUAUGCAUCGAGAAGCAGAAAUGGUUGAACAGCAGUUAAAGGCAAAACAAGCUACAGGUGCAGUAAAUCCAAUGGCUGCCAGUAUGCAACAACCCCAACCUCAGCAACAGGCACCUCAAGUCCAAGCAGCAAGUGCAGCGCAACCUGCAGCUGGACAAGCGCAAGAUUACAGUGCCCAAUGGGCAGAGUAUUAUAGAAGCAUUGGAAAAGUUGAGGAAGCGGAAGCGAUUGAAAAACAAAUAAAGCAGAAUCAAACAGGACAAAGUAGUGCAGCGCCUGGAGCGGCCAAUCCUAAUGCUGUUGCAAAUAAUCCUAGCAGUACUCCCCAACAUGUGGCUGGUGGUAGUGCAAGUGGCGGUCAACCACAACCAGGCUAUCCACAAGGUAUGACACCAAGCCAUUAUGCGCAAUAUUCACAAUAUUAUGCCGCAGCAGCUGCAGCUGGACAACAGGGUGCACCCGGCUAUGGACAGCAGGCCCCUUAUGGUGGUUAUGCUGCUCCAGGAAGUUAUCCAGGUGCAGCACAACCACCAGCUGGCAUGCCUGGAGGCCCAAGUCCAAAUCAACAAAAACCAAACAGAUCUGAUAAAAACUAAGCCAUUUGCUGAUGAUGAUGAACACGUUUGUUACUUCGUUCGAUGUACAAGCUAAACAUAUUUUUAUUAUAAUUAAUGUUACCAAUUUGGCAUAAAACAUAUUCCACCAUAAACCAUUCUUUGCAGAAGUUCAAUUGUCUCUCUAUCAAUGUUGGCGCGUGCGUUAUUUACAUAGUCUGUAAGCCCAAGUGUGUACAAUAAUGAA